AUGAGCGCCGCGAAUCCAAUCGCCGAGGCUGUCGGCGGCGGUGCCGUGAAGCAAGGCGCCGCCUCCGCGGCCGGCUUCGACGUGGCGCCGAUGGGUCCCGUCCCUACGGCCUCCAUCGCAGAUACCCCCACGCUCACCGCGCCCCCCAUCUGGGUGCCGCACACGUCCAAGGCCCCCCCGCCACUCCGCACCCCCUGGAGCCAGGAGGAGCUCCGUCAGCGCCACCCCCCACUGCAGGAGGACCUGGUGGCGGAUGUGGUGGUGGUGGGGGCGGGACUGGCGGGGCUCAGUACGGCAUACCGGCUGGCUAAGGCGGGCAAGAGUGUGGUGGUCCUGGAGUCCCGACUGGUGGGGUCGGGCAGUGCUGGCCGGGGGCUGGGCCAGAUCAGCACGUGGGCAAAUGACACGUACCGGGAGAUCGAGCGGGUUGCGGGGCUGGAGCGGGCGCGUCAGGUGGCGGCUGCGCACGCCGCCGCAGUGGCGUUUGUACGGCAGGUGGUUUCGGACGAGGGCAUUGAUUGCGACCUGACGGAGGUUGAAGGGGCUGUCCAGAUGGACCUCUCGCCCGGAGAGCCGCACCAGCAGCGGCAGCAGCGGAAGGGCGCGGACAGCGGCAGCAGCAGCGGCAGCAGCUACAUCCGGGGCUCAGAGGUUUUGCGGGAGGAGCUAGCCGCGUGUUGUCGGGCGGGGGUGGAGGGAGCGCACAUAGAGUUCCGGCAGAGGGGUGUGCUUGGGGGCGGGGCCGGGUGGAAAGGGGGAGGUGGCAAGGGGGCCGAGGAGGGUUUUGCUGUGGAGGAGGUGCUGGUGCUCCCGGGCUGCCUCAACCUUCACCCCGUCAAGUACCUGAGGGGGCUGGCGGAGGCGGUUCUGAAACACGGUGGCCGUAUUUUCGAGCACACUCGCGCCAAGGGCGGUUUGGUGACGGGUCCCUCGGGCGGUGUGGUCAAGACCUGGCAGGGACACAUCGCACGUGCCAGGGAGGCGGUUGUCCUAGCCACUCACAGCCCCAUUAACCGCAACCAGUUGUGGGUUCACGACCGACAACUGCCCAGGAGGGACUACGUGGUGGCGUUGGAGGUCCCCCGGGGUGUCGUACCCCCCCACUACUCCCAGCUCAUCACCCUGGGGCCACCUGCCAGCCGUACCUUCCUCCCUGCCCGCCUCCUGCCCCUGCCCACCUCCUUCCUGCCCCCCCCUCGGAGCCGGCACACCAUUCGCCUGGCACCCAUGCCGGGCCAUCACCUGGUCGCCGGGGAGGGGGGGGGAGGGGCGGCUUCGUCAUAUGGUGACCCAUGGGCCCGUCUGGAGCACUGGGCCCGUACCCGUCUUCCCAUGUGCGGCCGUACACUGUACGCAUGGAGCGGUUCCGACUAUUACCCCGCCGACAUGCUUGGACUGUACGGCAGAGAUCCCCUGGACCUGUCUCGGCCCCCAGUGUACAUCAUAACGGGUCACGGGGGUCAGGAGUGGACGGGCGCCACGUUGGGCAGUGGUGUGGUUUCGGGGGCGGUGGUGGGCGGGGAGGCAGAGGUUCCGUGGGGGGAGGCCUACCGCCCUGCCCGGGUGUUCCGGGGGGCGACGGGCAAGUACAUCUCCGAGCUGGGCUUGUACUUCAGUACGGUGGGGUUCGCCCUCCUGAAGCACGUGGUUCCCCGCUCCCUGGGUGACGUGGUGGGGCUGGUGGCUCCAGGGGCGGUGGAGAGGAGCAUCAAACCCGGGGCGGGGAGGGUGGCCCAGCACGGUCUGCUCAAGAAGGCCUUAUAUCGCGACCCCGAGGGGCGGCUGUACGUCAGGUCGGCUCUGUGCACUCACCUGGGCUGCUGCGUGGAGUGGAACCCCCUGGACAGGACCUUCGACUGCCCCUGUCACGGCAGUCAGUACGACGCAUGCGGCACGUGCAUACACGGCCCCGCGGUGGGGGACCUGGAGGACCUGGGCCACCGCAAGUAG